AUGUUUGGUUUUGGAUUUUAUCCAUCAAUUUAUUAUUUAAUAAUAUUUGUCUUUAUUCCAUGUCCAUUGUCAGUUAAUAUACAAAAAACGCGUUGUGGAUUAACAAACUGUGGAUAUGGAAAUGGUUUAACAACUCUAUGGGAUGGAAUAUUUAACAAUAUGAUACCUGUUUUUAGUAUAAUAAUAUUUAGUUUUUUAUUAAUAAUUCGUGUUUGGUAUCAAAAAUAUCGAAUGAGACAAAGAUUUCAAUGGAAAAAAUAUCGAAAAAUGACAAUACAAUUAUUAUCAAUUUCAUUGAUUUAUUUAAUAUUUUUAUUUCCACCAACAAUUUUACUUUGCUUAUAUUCCUCUGGUUUAUCAUAUUAUGUCGGUGCUGAUUUUUACUCAGCAAGCUUAUAUUUAUCUUAUGUAAUAACACUUCUGCUUCCAAUUGUUUCAACAUUUUCAUUACCUGAAGUACGAACGAAAUUUUUCAAGCUAACUCAACUCUCACAACCAUUCAAACGUAGUAUUGUUCCACAAACGAUAACAGUUCAACCUGUACCAUUUAGCCGAACUAUUCCAAAUCGUACCACAAGAACAUGA